AUGCUGCCCAACUUACCUGGUAUUCUUAUAUGUGAGGUUUCAUCGAGUCCAGGAAUCAAAACCACUGAAACGCUACUUCAGGUACAACAAAACAUUGACAACGAAAUUAAAACAUACUUCAUCAUGCUGAUUCUAGCGCUCGCAACGAUAUUUCUCGUCCUGCUGAUUGUUACUUGCAUCACGUGUGUUCAUAAAAAGUCUUCAGGAAAAAAUAGUGUCGAAGGUGAUCCACACGUAAACCCAGAAGAUGUUCUAGCAAAAGUACAUCAAUUCCAACGACAAAAGGUACAACUUGUUGAGAAGCUAGAACAGGGUGAGUAUGGUGUGUACUGGAAAGCAAUCGUGUCGGGAGUUGCCGGUGAUCCCACGAUGGAGAUUCAAGCAAUAGCAAAGGAAGCCGUUGGGCAAUACAAUCAGCAAGCACUACGGACGGAACUCGAGACGUACUUACAUGUGGGACAUCAUGUAAACAUCCUAAAUUUACUGGGCAUCGUUAGGGAAAAUAUGGAGCAUGGAGAGCUUUACAUAAUAACGGAAUACUGUCGAUUUGGCAAUCUGAAAGAUUUUUUAGUGCAGAACCGGUACGCAUUUCGGGACGAUAGUAGCAGUGAGCUGUUGGUCUAUGAUUCUGGUAACGCUGAUUUUUCAAGCUCGUUUACUGCAAGACGCAGCUUUAACAAGUUGGAUCUGCUGAACUGGUCGUAUCAAAUCGCAUGCGCUUUACAAUUUCUCGUAUCCCGUGGGUUGGUGUAUGGGAACCUGUCCGCUCGCAAUGUACUGCUCGGUGAGUGUAAUAUUGUGAAGCUCAGUAACUUUGCAGUACCUCGCCGAAUGCGCUCCAUUAGCAAACUCACCCAAACGAACGUUCUAUCGCUAGAGCGCAUGGCUCCGGAAUGUCUUCAAAGUGGUCCGUUUACUAGUAGCUCUGACGUAUGGUCGUACGCUGUACUACUGUGGGAGUUGUUUGCAUUGGGGUGUGAUCCUUGCUGGGGUACAAUACCGCAUGAAAGUUUACAGGGUAGUUUAGAGUGCGAAACUAGAUUACCCCAACCGGAGUAUGCGAGUGAUGAGGUAUACCAGAUCAUGAGGAGCUGCUGGAAGCAAGACCCUGUAGUGAGACCAAGCUUCGCUGAACUGUGCCACAAAUUAUACAGUAUGAUUCCAAGCACCCAUAUAAUAAAUUAUGAAGAAUUGAGAAAUGUGUACUCUUGUAUAAAUGCGGUAGACAGUGCAAUUUUGUAG